AUGGUUCGUGGUCGUCUCCCCGCCGCGGUGCGAGGCCGCCUCGCGCCGCGCUCCAGGCCAUUGCGCCCAAGUUUUGCCAUUCAUAUCUCGACAUCUCCGGUAUGCCAAUUCGAGUGUCCCCCUGUUCCCGCUCGCAGAUACGGGACAGCAAGAAACGACAAUGCAGGCGUGGACGAGAAAGAAGCCCGAGAGAGCGCCCAGCACGAUGCGGCGGCCGAUUCGGCGGCGGACACAGCGGGGAAAGAUACCAAAUCGGCACAGGCAUUGGCGAGCGAGGCGACAACCUCUUCCACUGGGUCGUCGGUAGUCAGCGAUGUGCAGGAUUGGGAAUACGACCCAAACGUAAAGGUCGAGUCGUUCAAGGACCUGCCACACGCCAACUUCGGGGUCAACCAGCACAUUCCGUUCGACGCCGAGUUUAAGGAGGUCUUGAAGGCGAUACCCUGGCAGUUUCGCGCUCCAAUUCGCUAUGCCUUUGCCUACGGCUCAGGCGUGUUCCCCCAGUCGAAAGCGAGCGGGAAGACGCCAACCGAGGAGGAACUUCGCGCGAUACAUCCGAAAGCACCACUCGCCGUGCAGAGGGCCCAGGACGGCACCCCGAAAAUGAUCGAUUUUAUUUUUGGUGUCUCGCAUACCCAGCAUUGGCACUCUCUUAACAUGAAACAGCACCGGGACCACUACUCCCGGCUUGCGAGUCUCGGGUCUGGCGCCGUGUCGUACGUCCAGGACAAGAUGGGGGCGGGUGUUUACUUCAACCCUUAUGUUGUCGUGAACGGCAUCCUAAUCAAGUACGGCGUUGUGCAACUGGGCACCCUAGAAAAGGAUUUGACCCAGUGGGACACGCUCUACUUGGCUGGGAGGCUGCACAAGCCGGUCAAGAUCCUCCGAGACGAUCCGAAGAUCCGGUUAGCCAACCAAAUGAAUCUCCUGUCGGCUUUGCGGACAGCGUUGUUGCUGCUCCCGCCAGACUUCACGGAAGAACAACUGUAUGGAACCAUUGCCGGCAUCAGCUACCUUGGCGACCCGCGUAUGGCGUUACCUACCGAGAACCCACGCAAGGUCAAGAACAUCGUAGGCAACAACAUGGCGAACUUCCGGCGACUCUACCUUCCUCUGAUUGAUACGCUGCCCAAUGUCGACUUCAACGACGCUGGUGUCGGCACCAAGGACUGGGUCUGGGACGAGACGAAGAACCUGAAGCUUGCCCAAGAUAUGGACCCGGUCAAGCGCGGCAACAUGGUACGGCGCCUGCCUAAGGCUUUUCGCUCCCGCCUCUAUUUCCAGUACCAGAAGAAGCUGGCCAUUCCGGCCGAGGACUUCCGCCGAAUGAUGGACGAGAGUAAGGAAGAAGACUCCGUUGCGUUCAAGAGGCGCGAGGGCGGCGGUUUUGAGCGGCGGAUCGCCCAGGACGAUCCUGUCGAGCUGCGCAACUACAUCCGCGCCGUCAUCAAGCAAACUAUCAGCUGGCCGGCCACCGCCCAAUCCCUCAAGGGACCGCUCACCAGUGGGAUACAGAGGUCGUGGCGGUACAUGAAAGAGAAGAUAGACAAGUAUCGCCAGGGGAAGCAGGCAGAAAAGGAGAAAGAUCCGGCGGAAGGAAGUGACGGCGGCGAGGGGAAGGAGAAGAACUCGUGA